AAGGUUUGUUCGCGCUGUUGCGUUUUCACAGGGUUGAGGAAAGUGUACCCCUAUUACUUCACCUUCACCACGUUCACGAAAGGGAGAUGGGUGGGGGAGAAGAUCCUCGAGGUGUUCGCGAGAGAGUUUCGAGCGCAUCCGGCUGAGGAGUACGAGCGUUGCAUCCGUGCAGGUACUUUGACCGUCAACUAUCAGAAGGUGGACGUGGACUACAGGCUGCGGCACAACGAUCUGUUGGCCAACGUCGUUCACAGACACGAGGUGCCUGUCACCUCGGAGCCGAUCACGGUGAUACACAUGGACGAGGACGUCGUCGUGGUCAACAAGCCCGCCUCCAUCCCUGUGCACCCGUGCGGACGAUACCGGCACAACACGGUCGUCUUCAUUCUCGCCAAGGAGUACAACCUGAAGAACCUGAGGACGAUACACAGGCUCGACAGACUGACCAGCGGUAUUCUCCUUUUCGGUAGAACGCCGAAGAAGGCGAGGCAGAUGGAGCACCAAAUAAGAAACAGACAGGUUCACAAGCAGUACGUGUGUCGAGUGGAAGGCGAGUUCCCCGCCGAGGAAGAGGUGAUUUGCUCGGAGCCUAUCGAGGUGGUGUCUUACAAGAUCGGCGUGUGCAAGGUCUCGGAGAAGGGGAAGAACUGCGUGACGCAUUUCAAGCAGCUCAGCUACAACGGCAAGUCGUCGGUGGUCCUUUGCAAGCCUCAUACAGGCAGGAUGCACCAGAUCCGCGUCCACCUUCAGUACCUCGGUUACCCGGUGGUGAACGAUCCUCUGUACAACCACGUGGUGUUCGGGCCGGAGAAGGGGAAGGGUGGGAACAUCGGGAAGACGGAUCAGGAGUUAGUCAGGGAUCUGAUCAGCAUCCACAACGCGGAGAAUUGGCUAGGGAUGGACGGGGACUCGGAGAUGAGUCUGUUCAAGCCGAAGCUGGACAUGGAGGAUGGAGUCUCGUUGAACAACGACAAGGAUGGCUCGUCGCCCUCCUCGACGCCCGGCCUGGCCGAGGAGGAGCAGCAGCAGCAGCAGCAACAGCAGCAGNNNAAGGUGACGGUCGGCACGCAGACGGGAUCUGAGCCGCCCGACUCCAGUUUCACGAACGACAAGAUGACCGUGGAUCCGCACUGCUACGAGUGCAAAGUGAAGUACAGAGACCCGAAACCAUCCGACCUGGUCAUGUAUCUGCACGCGUGGCGCUACUGCGGCCCCGGCUGGGAGUACGAGACGCCGCUACCCGCCUGGGCGGCCAGCGACUGGGCCGAGGAGGAACGAUAGUUGAGGUCCGCCGAGAGCAUCGAGACGAGCCGUCAUCACCCUUCGACGCCCCUUUUUGAUAUCCUUACCCCGUGCCUUCCAUCCGCCAUCGAGCGAUCUCGACCAUCGUACAUGUACCCAUCCCUGUGACCAGGUGGUCGCUGGACUCGCGAAUAAAUUCAGGAGACCUAGACGUUGGUC